AUGCGUGGUUCUCGGUCAUGUCGCGAUGCACCGCUGUGCAACUUGGCUCGCGGGUUGCAGCGCAUUGCGGCGGCGAUGCUCGUGAGCACUGGGGUAGCAGACGCUGGCAGUGGCGCUGGUGGCGCAUCCUCUACAUCAUGGGCAGCAAACUCAGGGAGUGGGUCAGUGGACUCUGCAGUUGCGCAGCACCACACAACUUCCUCUUUGACGCUGCCCGUGAGUGUGGCAGAGGAUUUGUCGAAGCCAGUGAAGCCCAAGGAUAUGCGGUACAAGCAUGUCCCCUCUUCGCGUGUUGGUCGCGCGGCGGGCUUUGCCUCGCUCUUCAUGCAACUUGGCUGGGAGAAGAUGACUGGAGGCACCCCCGAUAGAGGGCUGCUCUCUGAGCGCGGUCAUCAGCACAUCGUCAACACUCUGUGUCGUAUGCGGGGUGCCGUGUUGAAGCUGGGGCAGAUGCUCAGUAUCCAGGACGAGAACACGAUUCCACCUCAUGUCACGGCCCUUUUUGAGCGAGUGCGCGACCAGGCGUUUGCGAUGCCGCCAGCGCAGCUUGACCACACACUCGCGAAGGAGUUCAACAAUGCGAACUGGCGCAGAGACCUGUUUGACACCUUUGACAAUACCCCCGUGGCUGCGGCGAGCAUUGGCCAAGUGCAUUGUGCUACCUUGAGGCCUGGCGCAGCAGGCACUGACCCAACAAAGCCUCCUGUAGAGGUUGCGGUCAAGGUCCAGUACCCUGGCGUGGCGCAGAGCAUCGACUCCGAUGUGGCAAACUUGAAGAUGCUCAUGUCUCUCGGUGUACUGCCGCCAGGGAUGUUUGUGGAGAAGAUCCUGCAAGAACUCCGCAACGAGCUUAGCGCCGAGUGUCGGUAUACCCUGGAGGCAGCGAAGCAGAUGAGGUACCGCAGCCUGGUCGCCGCUGACCCGACCCUUUCUGGCCUCUUCUAUGUCCCCAAAGUCUACGAAGCAAUCACCACUGAUCAGGUGCUCGUCAGCGAGUACGUGCACGGCGUCACGAUCGACCAGCUCGGCAAGCGGUCUGACGUUCCGCAAGAGCUGCGUAACUACAUUGCCGAGAGCUUCAUGGAGCUGACACUAAAAGAGCUGUUCGUGUGGCGGUUCAUGCAGACGGAUCCGAACUUCUCCAAUUUUCUGUACAACGCGAAGAACAAGCGAGUGUAUCUGCUGGACUUCGGCGCAUCGCGCGAGUACUCGAGCGAGUUCUUGGAGGACUACCUCGACGUCGUAACAGCGGCCGCCACGGAGGAUCGCGAGCGGAUCAUCGCGAAGAGCAUUACGCUGGGCUUUCUCACCGGUCAAGAGGCGCAGGAGAUGCUUGACGCGCACUGCGCCAGUGUGCUGCUACUGGGGAAGCCCUUCCAGGAUCGGGCCCGCCCGUUCGACUUUGCUGCCGAGAACUUGCCGUCUCUCAUUCAGACAAAGGUGCCGACUAUGGUAAAACUUCGCCUGCGCCCACCACCGCCGCCAGUGUACUCGCUGCACCGGCGCCUCAGCGGCACCAUCCUCCUCGCGACUAAGUUCAAAGCGACAAUACACAGUGGAGGACUCUUCUGGGGCAUCCACGACCAACUGCGGAACUGA